CGUGUGACGCGCCACAUUAGCACAGGUUUUCCGGUUUGAUGAACGUUUGGGAGACAAUCCAACUUGUGUCCAGCCCCUCCUCAUUGUCCAUUUAAACCUAUGUUGUCUUUGCUAUUGGCUGUCGUGUGCAUUCCAUUGGCCCUGCUGGCGCCGCUCCGACCAAUCAGCGGCUAGGGCUGGGCACGUGGGCGGGGUUUAGAGUUCGAAGUUUUUACCCGUGUGGAACUCGCUGGUUUGUAGCACCUGGAACCAUAACAAGAGCCUGGAAGCGAGUCGCCGGGAUUUUGCUCGUUGUUUGCACGCUACAUCCGCGCUGCUCAGCCUCGGAGUAGAUACGAGAAGAGCCCGGCUGUCUGGCUGACAUUUCGCCUGCCUUGUUGUUGGUGUCGAAAGGAAGUGGGAGCGCACUAGACUCUGCGUGCAGAUACCACGCGAUUUUUUUUAAAAAACUUUAGUAACUUUGUUUUAUUCGCUAUUGUAUUUGCGCGCAUUUAGCAGCCAGAUAACCCGUGCCAGCCGAGGAGUCGUCUCUGUAGGGGAGCAGCACAGCACAAAGGUCGCUGGGGAAAGUUCAUGGGUGGGAGCAUUUGGUCGCUAGACACGGUGCCAGUUUGUCGCAUCACCCGCCCCCAACAUUGAGAGCAAUCCGCGCACCCUGUCUUCUCCUGCUCACAACAUGACCGACGAAUGCGACCUGCCGCCUGGUGCUGUGGAGAUCGUCAAAGAUCGCCUAUAUUUUGCAAUCCUGUGCAGCAGACCAAAAACCACCUAUGGCACACAUUAUUUCUCCAUAGAUGAUGAGCUUGUGUAUGAAAACUUCUAUGCAGAUUUUGGACCACUUAACCUGGCCAUGCUAUACCGAUACUGCAUGAAGUUAAACAAAAAAAUCAAGUCCUUUUCGUUGACCAAGAAGAAGAUUGUUCAUUACACCUGCGGUGAUGAUAAGAAACAAGCCAAUGCUGCCUUUUUACUGGGAAGCUUUGCUAUAAUCUAUCUAAACAAACAGCCUUUAGAGCUCUAUCGGCUAUUGCAAGCAGGGAACACAAACUACCUUCCUUUUAGGGAUGCUUCAUUUGGUACCUGCAGUUUUCACUUAACCCUUCUUGACUGCUUUAAUGCUGUGCACAAGGCUUUACAGUAUGACUUCUUUGAUUUCAAAACAUUUGAUGUGGAGGAGUAUCAACAUUAUGAGAGGGCUGAAAAUGGUGAUUUCAACUGGAUCGUCCCAGAGAAAUUUUUAGCUUUUAGUGGGCCUCAUCAAAAGAGUAAAAUGGAAAGUGGUUAUCCACACCACGCUCCUGAAGCCUAUUUCCCGUACUUCAGGAAACACCAUCUAACUACUAUUAUUCGCCUUAACAAGAAAAUGUACGACGCAAACCGGUUUACUGAUGCCGAUUUUGAACAUCACGAUCUCUUCUUUGUUGAUGGAAGCACUCCAAGUGACGCUAUUGUCAAAAAAUUCCUCAACAUAUGCGAGAAUGCUGACGGAGCAAUAGCUGUACACUGCAAAGCUGGCCUGGGUCGGACUGGCACACUGAUAGGGUGCUACAUGAUGAAGCAUUACAGGAUGACUGCUGCAGAAACAAUUGCAUGGAUCCGCAUAUGCAGGCCUGGCUCUGUCAUUGGUCCUCAGCAGCAGUUUAUGGUGGAUAAGCAGCGGAGCCUCUGGAAUGAAGGGGAUAUUUACCGGAAAAAAUUACAAGAGCAGGAAAAUGGAAACCGAUGCGCAGUAACGUUUAUUCUCUCUGGUGUGGACGACAUUUCUAUCCAUGAUAAGAGCAAGGCUUGCAGUAAAGAAGAUAUUGGACUGUAUAGUGGUGAUGAUGAUGAUGAUGAUGAAUCUAUCUAUGUGACUCAAGGGGACAAGCUUCACGCCCUGAAGUGUAAACGUCAAACAAAAGUUUCAGGGGCAGCACCAUUAUCAGUAAUUCUGCAAUCCCGCCUGCAGCCCCCCCAGUCAGGUUUAUCUGGCAAUUCCUGCAUUGCAAAAAGAGCCACCAGGUCUUCUGCAGGAGGCAGCACUUUGAGAGGCGUGAUUUCCGAGAGGAAGAAAAGGAAUGCUUUGCACCAAAUGCGCUUAGUAAAACGAUGUCAUUCCAUUCCAAAGACCAGAGCUGUGUUGCGAUAAGAACAAGCCAAGGGUCGCCUUUGAAGAAGGAAACGCCAAAAUUACUUUUAACCGAAGCUGAACUCCUUAUGCUUGGACUUGCGGGAUUUACAGCCCCCAAACUGUCUCUUUGCACCUUGCUUUGCCAGCAGCAUGACAAUUACUUGCAUUUGUAGGAAUGGCCAGUCAAUUACUUCCCUUGGCUGUUGGGAUAUGCUGGAAGACAGUGCAGUUCCCUCCUCAACUCAUUGGGACUUUACUGCUACUAACAGCUGCACUGGCACAAUCUAUACAAACUGCAUCAAAGGUGUUGAAUGGGGGUUCAUAAAUAGUGAUGGCAAUCAUUUUAGCACUAGGGUGAGCUCUAGAUUUCUACUCUUUCCACCGAAAACAUACACAGGUAACCAGAACUGCUUCGUAGAGCCUGACGCAUUCCAUGCCGGCUUGUUUUGAUUUCUUUUUAUUUCUUUUCAAUAUUCCUUGUUUAAAAGGAAGCAAUGUAUAUAAUGUGUAAAUAGCUAAUCAUUUUAAUGUUCACUAGACCAAAGUGUUCUUUCUAGUGUGUAUUCAUAUACUGUUGCAAGUCACACACAACAAAUUAUAGGAAGGAAUUUUUUUUAAUAUACCCUGAGGAGGCAUGGACAGUGUGCUGAUAAACUGGAAUAGAUUUGCACAUCUUAAAAACUGAUUUUAAAAGAAAAAAAAGUAAAUACUGUAUAGCAAGAUGUUUGUACAAGGUGUGCAGCUUUUAUCAGAAGUAGGAAACUCCAGUGCAAUGCUGAGGAAAUGUAAUGUUUUGGACUCUUACUUGGGGAAGUUAUGGACAAGUGGAGGCCACCUUGAUGAUGAUGAUGGUGCUGAUGAACUACAAUAUCCAGCAGCUGCUUUGUCUGUUGGGAGUUGUUCAAGCACAUCUAGAGGCCCAUGACUGUAUUGGGUCAUUUUAAGCCCAUGUUAAAUCUAUUUGUAGAGUUCCACAAUGAGGACUGAGUAAUGAACUGAAAUGAACGAAGAUGCUGCUAUUGCCUAGUACAGAACUGGUCUGCCUGCAGUAAUCUGAUUAUUCACAGGUCAACUUGUCCCUCCAAACUGGACUUGUUUCUGCAAUGCAUUGUGGUGCCAACUGAAAGAAAUUAAAGCUUGGGCUCCAUACACUGGAGUGCAGCACUUCCACAAGAAAUACUAUUCCUUUUUGUUUUUAGAAUAAGACUUGCAAACAAGGCAUUCUGAUAACCUGUGCCUGCUUUGUAUGUCACCCAAUUAUAAUUGUGGCAUUUUACUUGGUGUGUUGGCAUGAGCUUUUUUUUUUUUUUUAGGAAAGCUCAUGCAUAAAUGAGUCCAGAUAGUAGCACUGCUGUGGAUUUGCUCCAUUUUAUUUCAGUAGUUCUAUAUAAUAUUGCUCUGCAAUGUGUAAGAUGACAAUGCAAAAUGAAUUUCUAUAGUUCCCCA